GGCACACUUUUCUUCCACGCCUCUCUCUUUCUCUCUCUUUUGGGUCUCUGCCCCGUUUUGUCUCUUUCUUUACUUUCUCGUUAAUCUUCCAUUCCUUCCCUGCCAAAGACCGCACUGACUUCAUUUUUUCUCUGCGAGCGAGAGAGAGAGAGUUUGAUGACUGAAUUUAACAUGAUGGAGUGGGAGGAGCAAGGAAAUCAUGAUCACCAGCCCCAUCAUCAUAAUCAACAUCAGCAGCAGCAGCAACAGAGGGAGGAGCAAGUGCAGAAUGGAAAUGUUGGUAAUAUUGAAGUUAAUGCGAAUGGGAAUGGAAAUGGAGGGAUACUGUAUGUGAAGGUUAUGACCGAUGAGCAGCUGGACACUCUCCGCAAGCAGAUUGCUGCGUACGCCAUCAUUUGCGAUAAACUCGUUGAGAUGCACAAAAACCUUACAGCCCAACAAGAUCUUGCAGGAGUGAGGCUGGGCAAUAUAUACUGUGAUUCUUUAAUGACAUCUGCUGGCCACAAAAUUACUUCCAGACAGAGGUGGACUCCAACUCCUGUGCAGCUUCAAAUUCUGGAGCGUAUAUUUGAUCAAGGGACUGGAACUCCAAGCAAGCAGAAGAUCAAAGAGAUAACCUCUGAACUGAGACAGCAUGGCCAAAUUUCAGAAACAAAUGUCUAUAAUUGGUUCCAGAACAGACGUGCUCGAUCAAAACGAAAACAACAAAAUGUAGCACCAAACAAUGCUGAAUCAGAAGUAGAGACAGAAGUUGAUUCACCAAAGGAUAAGAAGACAAAACCAGAGGAAUUUCACUCCCAACAGAACUCAGAUCCCAGGGCUGAAGAUUUGUGCUUCCAGAACCAGGAGAUAAGCUCUGAUCUGCAUUUCUUAGAUCAGAGUGGUAAAGAAGAGAUUAUGUUCCCGUCAGAUGGCAGUCUAAAACCUGCUAGAGGUUUAGGCCAAGUCUCUUUUUACGAUGGUUUGCUACCAACUGCAAGAACUGAUCACCUGACUGGAAAAUUGGAAGUGCCAGGGAGCUAUACCCUUUAUCAGCAAACAGAAGACUAUGGCAUGUAGGUUGACACUUGUUUUGUCCAGCGUUGUUAUAUUUCUUCAAGAUGUUAUAUCAUCACUAGAAGCUAGAGAGAUCCUCCUAGAUUGAGCAGUUUGUUGAGCUAGUAAGCAGCAAUCAGAGCUUGCCCAUCCAGUCCCAUUGAGACUAUCAUGCCUAACAUAGUAGAGGGCCAUACAUAUAUAGUUCAAUGACAGGAAUGAUGUGAAUUAAGCUGGAGUGUAUAUAAACCAGUUUGAGAUCAUAAUCUUGGGUUGCUUCUUGUCUUUUGUUAACAGGGUGAGCCUUUUUUUGAUAUGUCAUGAGAAGUGUGAUGAUGUCAAACUUGCUUUUAGACUUGAACAACUGUGAUAGCUUAGCUUUGUUUGAAAGGAAACAGAUUUGGAA